AUGCCGGGACGAGCGGCAACGCCUGCAGACGCUGCCGCAUCGUGUUCCUUCGGCGGUUGGCUCGAAUUUGUGUGGGUGCGCUUUGACGAGUCGUUCGAGGCCGUGCUGCCGCUCGUGCGCCAAUCGCCAGUCACAUUCUACCAGGUAGUCGACUCUGGCAGGGCCCAUCCCUCGUACAGGACACCGGCUGCGGUACGCAACAUCACUUGUGGCGCGUGUUGCCGACGUCGAUUCGUGCCCAAUCGCGGUCGCGAGACACCGGCGUACUUGCACUACAUGGCGGAGCGCUACGACACACUACCACAGUGGGUGGCCUUUGUCCACGGUGCACCGCACGGCACAAGGCACACGCUGCAUCGCGUGGCAGCGUGCCUCUGGCGUGAGGCGCCUCCAGAGUGGAAUGCUGCAGAAACUGUCCCCGAUUAUGUGCCGAUCGUGCCGACGACAUACGUUGCACACCGUGAUAUCCACUACCGGGACUGGGAGCCAGGCUACGCGGAGCUUUGGCGUCGGUGGCGUUCAAGCUUCCGGCCAGCCAGCGCCGCGCUCGCGCGCGACGCGAUCGACGACCCGACGCCACAUCUGCCACGCCAGCACACGGGUGUGCGUAACGUCUCCUUCGAGUGCUGUGCGCAAUUUCUCGCUUCCCGGCGCGCGCUGCGGCGCAACCCGCGGCAAGUGUACGAAGUUGGGCUCGAGGUGGCCCUCACCUUCGAUGGUGCCAACCCAAUCAAGGCAUCUGUGCUCGACAAGGCCUCCAACUUCGGGCUCAAUUGGGCGGGUUCGGCGUUCGAGCACAUAUGGCAUGUCCUCCUCGGGCAACCGGUGCACAUCGAGAAGCACUGCAACCCGUGCGCCAGUGAGGACAGUGGGCAACGCGGCAUGGGCAACCCGAAUGCGAGCCACGGACCGUUCCGCUGCUGCGCAACGACGACAGGGAGUUGUCCGGCGGACCACGCGGCGUCGGAACGCCCGCGCGCGCGUCACGCUCGGUGCGACGGAGCCGCUGAGACGCGGGACGGACGACAGCAUGCAACAGCAUGCACGCAUGACCACGUGGGACCCUUAGUGCGUUAG